UGAAAUGAACAGCAAAAUCCAGAAAUGAUGCAGCAGCAUGUGCUUAGACCCAGACCUAACAAAAUAGAGCACUGGCUUAGUUAUUUGAGCUUGAAUUGAAUCUAAUGAUUUCGAAAUAAUAAUACAAAAAAUGAAACAUUUAAUAAAAACUAAUUACGACAAGAAAAACUAAAAUAAAAAUAAAACAUGUUAAGCAAAAAAGCACUCCGGUUUUUGUAGUUUGAUUUUUUUUGCAUGCGUCAACGGUCAGUGUGACAGAUUAAUGUGCCGUCUCGGUUGUUGUGUGUGCAUUCUCGAGAAGCGGCCGUUUACAUCAAAGUUGAGAAUCAUACUUAUAUAGUUAAGCACAGUUCGUCACAAUGCCAUCGUCAGCCUCAGACAACAGAAUUGAAACGCAGCCGUACUUUACUCCGGCGGUAUGAUUUCAUAUUAUUGCAGAGCUAUCCGGAAGGUUCCAAACCGCAGAAUGAGUCCAAAGACAUGGAAAGGCGUCACCGCAGAAACGAAGACUUGGCUCGCUUUAUCCUUACUCGUACCUCUAUUUACCUUCACCGUAUCAACAAGGCAAUGUCAGAGACGGCCGCCCGGUACAGGCUACAGGAGAUUGCUCACGCCAUUUUUGCCAGCUUGCAUCAGUACCCGAUCCUGGCGCUAGCAGUGGCGAUUGUGAUUUUCGUCUUCACGCUACCAUUCCUGGUAUUUAUUUUCUUCACGAUGACUACAGCGGUGAUGGCCUUUACCGGGUUUGUGCUGAUCGAGGGUGCACUCAUAACGGCUGCAUCGGUCAUGCUCGUCAGUUUGCUGAUCGGAGUGUUUCUGAUGAUGGCCAUCGUCGGGCUAAUGUUUCUGACCGGCUACUUUGGCAUCUCACGCGUGUACGAGUGCGUGUCUCGGUUCAAGAUAGACGAUCUGCGGGAAUAUUUGCGCAACAAUCACUAGAGAGCCCUGUGGAAACCAUUUUUUGGUUGAUUUGUACUUAAUUUCACUUAAAUUUUGAACAGUCGGUUUAGUAUUAAUCUGUACUGUGAUAGCAAUUGUCGGAACGAGGUUAAACUAUAGCAUUUGGCGGCAUAGUAAAAAAAAAAACAGAAUCAUUUUAAACGGUUCCAUAUUUAUUCCAGGUGUAGGGAAAUGGUUCACAACAGUUACCAACGAAUGAAGCUACCUAUCUCGAAUCAGGCGGCUUUGCGUCAAUAAUGAACAAUUCAUGAACAAAGUUAUCAUAUGUAAAUUGUCCGUUAAAAAAAAGGACGGGAGAGAGCAAUAUAUAUACUAACUAUACAAACAUUC